CAUUUGGCGAGGGUUUGAGGCGAUGGAAAGAUAUUCUUUAUUCUUUGUUUGGAUCCCCAUUAGCAGACACCUUGGCGACCGCGAGUCUUCCUGGGGUCUGAAAUAUAUAUCAACAGAGAAACUAAGAAGAGGCCCUGGGUUUGGAAAUGUUGAAGUCUGAAGAUUAGAGUGAAACCUUUUCAAAACAACAUCCAUCCAAGAAAGGAAAUGAGAGUACCAGACAGAAAGAAAGGCAGAGGAGAAGGGAAAGGGAGAGAACAACUGAUGGGCUGCUAUGUGCUCUCUGACCGUUGGAUCUACUGACUGGGAGUACCCUCAUCAGUGACGGACUUGACUGGCCUGAACGAAGUGCAAUGAUACAGUUAAAGUAUUCUUAGGGGAAUUCAUAGAUUACAUAUUCCCUUUCAGUGUAGUUACUCAUUCACUGUGAGUGAGGCUCAGACAGGAUAGCUGUAUGGUGGAGAAGAAGCAAAAAGAUGGAUUUUAGAGUUACAGUCUUGUCCCACCACUGUAACUCCUGUGUGGAGCAAUGCGUCAUCCGAAACACGACCCUGCCAAGCCGCACUGCUUCCUGACACUGCUCGCUUAACCCGGAGGCCACACCAAUGUGUUGGAGGGAGGACACACCGUACAACUGGCGACAAAAGUCAGCGUGCAUGUGCCCGACCGGCCAAACCCUCCCCUAAUCCUGACGACGCUGGGCAAAUUGUACGCCGCCUCAUAGGUCUACCUGGUUCGCGGCAAGCUGCGACACAGCCUGGGAUUGAACCCGGGUCUGUAGUGACACGUUUAGCACUGCGAUGCUAGUGCCGUAGACCGAUGCGCCUCUCGGAAGGUGGUUUGUGUUGAAACUUAAUCAUAGUGUCCAGUACAGUAAUACCGUGCGUCAUUAGAUAUAGUUUGGAAUAAGGACAUAUCCUGCAGCAUAAAGAGGUCAUGCUCCUAUCUGCUGCUGAAUGACUGUGAUGGGGUCCUGUGUGGCCUUGGUGCCUGUCCUUCUGCUCCUGUCCUCCCUGCAGCACACCAGUGAGGCUGGAAGGGUCCUGGUCUACCCUGUCGACGGCAGCCACUGGCUCAACAUGAGGAUACUGGUGGAGGCGCUUCACACCCAGGGUCACCAGGUGACCAUUCUGCGCUCCUCCACCAGCUGGUACGUGGCUGAACACUCCCCCCACUACACCUCCAUCACCGUGCCCCAGGCUCAGCCCCAGAACAUCGAGAGUCAGGAGUUCAUGGCCCACUUCCUGAAGAGGUCGCUGGAGAUCCAGCGGGGGAAGGGCUCACCCUGGGCCUUCCUGCAGUUCUGUGGGAACCUCUUCAGCAUGCUGAGGCAGAACCAGGAGAUGGUGGCCGAGCUGGUCGUCACCAUGUUUGAGAACCAGACUCUGAUGACAGAUCUGAAAGAGGCUGAGUAUGACCUGGUCCUGACUGACCCAGUGUUCCCUGCCGGGGUCCUGGUGGCCCACUACCUCCAGCUCCCCCUGGUUCUCAAUGUGCGCUGGCACCUCAGCGGGGAGGGACACUUUGCCAUCGCUCCCUCGCCACUAUCCUACGUCCCUCAAAUAUUCUCCCGCAACUCUGACCUGAUGAACUUUGCACAGAGGCUGAGUAACAUAUUCUACCACUGUCUUAGCUACUACAUGUAUCGUUACGUCUCCAACCCGCCUUACCAGGCCGUGUGCGACCGCUACUUUGCCCCUGAUGAGGUGGACGUCAUAUCCCUUAUCCAGGGAGCUGAUCUGUGGCUGAUGAGGGUGGACUUCGUCUUUGAGUUCCCUAGACCCACCAUGCCGAACGUGGUCUACACUGGUGGGUUCCAGUGCAAACCCUCCAAGCCUUUACCUGCAGCUUUAGAGGAGUUUGUCCGGAGUUCUGGAGAACACGGGGUGGUGGUGAUGUCACUGGGGACUCUGUUGGGUGGACUGGGUCCAGUAUUGACAGAGGUCAUAGCCUCAGCCUUCGCCCGGCUGCCCCAGAAGGUGGUGUGGAGACACCUGGGAGAGAGGCCUUUGUCUCUAGGCAACAACACCCUGCUAGUGAAAUGGCUGCCUCAGAACGACCUCCUGGGUCACCCCAAAACCAAAGUGUUCGUCACACACGGGGGCACCAACGGGAUCUACGAGGCCAUCUAUCACGGAGUCCCAUUGUUGGGUAUCCCUCUCAUCUUUGACCAGUUUGAUAACAUGGUGCGCAUGAAGGCCAGAGGAGUGGCAGAGGUUAUAGAGGUUACAACGUUAGAGGUGGAAUCCUUAACACAGACUCUGAUGGGCAUUCUGGAUGAAGAGAAGCCCUACAGUGAGAAUAUGAGAAGACUAUCACGGUUGCACCACGACCGGCCUAUAGAACCUUUGGACAGCGCCAUCUUCUGGCUGGAGUUUGUUAUGCGACACAAGGGGGCAGCUCACCUACGUACAGAGUCCUAUAAGAUGCCAUGGUAUGUCUAUCAUAAUGUGGAUGUUCUAGCACUGCUGCUGGGCUCUGCUCUGCUUGUUUUGGUGUUGCUUGUGGUUUCCUGUAUGUGCUUGGUAAGAGGAUUACAAAAGAGGAGAAAGUCCAAGUUGGAGUGAUUAUGUUACUUAUGGCCUACUUACUUAGUUAUUACACAGCUUACAAUCCAAGCAUAGAGUAGGUAGAUAUGGGGAAAGCAAUUGCAAAAAAACUGAAGGUUGUUAUAAUGGGAUUUCCAAAGUUUGUCUGUCUCUGGAAUUUUAUGUAGAGAACCUUCCUAAUAUAUCAAAGAUAUAGGUUACAUAUAUUUAUUACAUGGACUUUUUGAAUCAAGGUUUUAUUGGGUUAUUAUGAUGCAAUCCUGCAUUUGCCGUGUAUUUUCACUCAUGUUAUCAAUUUUAUAAUAUACAGUGUAAAUGUUGACAAUUUUUUGUUUUUAAUAAAACGAGAAUAUGUUCAAAUGA